AUGACCAAAAAAUCAGCUAACUACUACCUUCUUGAAAAUGAGGAUGAGCCAUAUCGCACAUGCAAAAAGAAAAAUUUUAUUGGAAAAGUCAUGUUUUUAGUAGCAGUCGCUAGGCCUAGAUUUGAUGACGGUGAUAAGGAGAUAUUUUCGGGAAAAAUUGGCGUCUUUCCUCUUGUUCAAAAAGUUGCAGCAAAAAGGUCAAGUAUCAAUAGAGCUUCGGGUACACUUGAAACUAAACCGAUUACUUCUAUCACUAAAGAAGUUAGUCGAAAUUUUCUAAUCAAUAAAGUGUUACCUGCAAUUAAAGAAAAAUGGCCGAGAGAACAUGCAAUGGAAACAAUUUAUAUACAACAAGAUAAUGCUCCGUGUCAUGUUUCUAUUGACGAUGAAGAAUUUCGUAAAGCAGCUUCUGAAGGAGGAUUUGACAUCCGUUUAUCUUGUCAACCACCGAAUUCUCCUGAUUUAAAUGUUUUAGAUCUGGGUUUUUUCAAUGCCAUUCAAUCAUUACAACAAAAGGAAGUUUCAAAAUCAGUUGAUGAACUCAUUGAAGUUGUGCAAAACUCAUAUGAUAAUUUUUCUAGCAAACAAUCUGACAAAAUUUUUCUCACACUUCAAUCUUGUAUGAUUGAAAUCAUGAAAAUUAAAGGAUCUAAUAAUUACCGAAUUCCCCAUAUGAAGAAAGAAGUGUUGCUUAAUCGAGGCAUACUACCUACGCAACUAAAAUGUGACCGAGAGUUAGUUGAAAAUACUUUUCAAUAUUUAAACAGUGAUAAUUAA